CUUUAGUUCCGCAGUGCUUCGUUUUGAUAAGCACAAGCCCAACCAAAUUCACCCGCUCUCCCCUGGGCCACCACAAUCCGAACCAGCUUGACAAACAAAACGCCUGCUUAUUCACAGUGUCCAAUAGGCGUUUGCCGACAAACCAGUCAAGAUGUAUAUCCUAGGGAACUUCCUCUACAUUGCCGUCCUCCUCAUCAACGCCAUUGCCGUCCUCUCAGAAGACCGAUUCCUCGCACGCAUCAACCUCUCCCCCUCCUCCUACGACCCGACAUUUGGCGCAAGCACUGACGCCAGCGUCAAGGCAAAGAUCAUCAACCUGAUCGCCAGCGUACGGACCCUUAUGAGAAUACCGUUGAUCGCAAUCAACACCCUCAUCAUUUUGUACGAACUCAUCCUCGGCUAGAGACGCGUGAACAGAGCGGGGAAAUAUUGAUGGGAGCUGCUUUUCUUGUUUCGAGAAAGAUAAAAGAUAUACAUGGCUUGUAGCACCUUUCUGCAACAUGGCAUUAUGGUAAUGAGACCGGCGUUGAGGGCUGAAAAGCGAAUGUGGGUUGGGUUUGUGGGCUGGGCAUCAGGCGUCCAGCAAAUGUAUACUUCACGGGCGAUGUGGAUUAAUGUCAACGUCUCAACCUAGAGCGGGGGCAAUGCUUCAAAUAUUUGAAGCGGGCGUUGGCUCUCGAAAGCGGUUUUGCUCUCGAUUUCCUAUGCUAUCGUACAAUACGAUAAGGCGCCAGUGGGGAAUUACCGCUCAAGACGCCAUCAU